CUCUGAAGGAAACUCAUAUGGCAGUUUGUCGGAGGCAACCGUAGUACACGGAUCGAACGCGUUCAAGCACUGGACUUUGCCCCGAGGAACUUGUGAACUCUCUUCGUUCAAAAUUUCGGACCACGAUCAAACGAUAACUUAGAUUAUCGUUAAACCGUUGUGGAUAAAAGAAUUAAGAUUUGGGAAACAUUUUUUACACUGAUUUUCUUAAAGAAUUCCUUCUUUAAUUCGAAUUAUGUAAUUCGAAGGAAACGAAGAUUCUUCGAAAAAGACGAAACUAAAGAAAAUGUGUAGAAAACAUAGUGUUCCCUCUCAGGAAAUCAUUUCGAUACCCAGAAGAACGGAAACUUUUUCUCUAGAAACUUGGAUACCUCGUUCCUACGUGAGCAGCACCCUUCUGAUCCUCGUGAAUCGAAAGUGAAUCGGGAAAAACAGUAGGAACAGUGAAUCGGUUUCCAACGGUUCGUGAACUCCCGCUUAAACGAUGACCACCAGAAAUUCUAAAUGCGCGUGACGAACGUCGUGCGCGUCUUAAUGAAGAGUCAUCCAUUUAAGUCCAGUGUUCCACGCGGACUAUCAAGAUCGCCUCGUGCCAAGAGGAAUGUACAUCGACUGAAAACUUUGAGGACGUCGAUCAAGGUUCAACUCCGUCAUCGUCGAAACAGACGCUAAACGAUCAGAAUCAUGGCUCAAAUAACGGAACCAACAGCCGUGCACUGUUACACGAAUCCGUCGUUUUGUCGACAAUCCGAGUACAUACCGGAAGACCAAACGGGCGAUCUACCGCCACCUCCGCAAUUUCAAAGCGGUAGCGACGAUUUACCGCCACCGCCUCCGCCAUUGCAAUUGCAGUACAACGGCGGACAAAGUAAUCCGGCGUUUCAAGGGCCGGUAGAAAAUAAAAUCGAGCGUUACGAGACUAGAGAGAGAUAUUGCUAUUUGGAAGAAAGUAAUGAGCCGACUCAUCGAAGAUACGGAAGCCUACCGAUCGAGGAGCAUCGAACGACGUACAAUCGAGCUUCGAGGUACGACUACAUUCAGGAUGAGCAAACUGGUCGGAUGGAAAGAAGGGGUUCCUCGAGGUACGAGUUUAUUCCGCACCAGCAGGUGCAACAACGUUCCACACCGGUGACCAACCAAGACGAUGGAUCACGGAUACAAAGUCGACGAAACAAUGCUGGAAGAUACGCCAUUGUACCGGGUGAUCAAAGUUAUCAGGACGAGGAAACCGCAUGGAACAACGCGAAUCACUUAUCGCCGACGAGAAAACACAUUAACACACCCCAGGGGCGUUAUACACGAGUGCCUUUGCAAGAAGAAGACCCUCCAGCGCUUCCGGAACGAAACGCGCAGGAAUUGUCCGUCUCGCCGAAGAAUAAUUUAGCCACGCAAAAGCUGCACGAGAUAUUGACCACUCCUAGAAAACCACGAUCCAGGUCCGAGGAGAGAACCCUGUCCCCAAGGAGACAACAGUCAUUCAAUCAAACCGGUACGCCACAAAGAAGAGCGCUAACUCCAGGUGGUUCUCCGACCGGUCGAACCUUCAGUCCGACACGAUCCACGCCUCAUGGAACUCCUCCGAAUCGUGGCUACUCUUCGGGAAUUCAAACUUCUACGCCCAAUAAAGAAUCCUCGGCUAGAAGAUGUCUACCAUUGUUAGAAAACCCGUCCCGACAACAGGACGUUUGUCCAGCUAGUAAUUGCGGUAGAUUACGCUACGUUGGCACAGCGCCAGUCGACCUUGUGUCGAUGGGUCACGGUGACCCACCGCCUCGUUACGCGUACAUGGAGAACGGACCAGAAUCUAUGCCGAUGGUAUCCGGUUCGCCGCGAUAUCAAAUGAUACCCGCAGGACAAAAAAGAAACGGCUAUCAAAGCGUAGAAAGCGCGUUCAUCGCCAGAACAGCGGUGGUUCCUCCACUAUCUCCACCUAACAGCGAAGCAAACACAACCUUGGCCAGCGGUUUGGAGAAGCACGACAGAAGAAACGCACCGCUUCUAUUGAUCCUCGUCGGAAUUCUGACUUGCGGUUUGGCUCUCUAUCUGUCUUGGACGCAAGGAAGAAGAUAUUAUUACGACAGCGCGGCAGGUUGCGGCGCUUGUUGCGCUCUCGCAGGAGCUUGCAGGAUACUCAGGAAAACUUGGACAGGACUUGGCCUCGCAGGACUAUCGGCAUUGAGCUGCGCGGGACUUUUAUUGCUCGCCGCCAAGGCCCCCAAAGCUGGUACGCCUCUUCACGAUGUCACGGCCGGUGCUUUGUGCGGAGUCUCUUUAUUGGGUGCUGUUCUGGCGUUGAUAGCGCUUCUCUCACCGAAAUGCAAUUUAGGUAGACACAGAAGGGUUCACUCUUGGAUACCUCGCUUAUCGCCUUAAUUAUCGAUAUCAGUAUUGUUUUUAUACAAAAUGAGUACUGCUAGAGGAAUAACUUCCCACGAAAAGAUAAGAGUAUCGAGAGAAAAGCGGUUUCUAGAUGAGCAAAAUCCUAGUCUACUGUUUUAUCGAAAGCAUAAAUUAUUAUAUUGUAAUACGACAUAAUGUAAAAGAUUAACCCUUUGUGAACGAAGUACAUUAACUUCGCAAGGGGUUAAGAACUUCGAUUUCUUAAUCGACUCGUCAAUUGUAUGUAACGUAAAGCCAAAUGAAUUUAUUAUAUGGACAAAAUAAAAUGUAAUCCUUAAGGAAAUGUAUUUAGAAAUAAGGCAUUUGUAUUCUUGAAAAGAAUUAUUUUGUAAGAUCUUGUAUAUUUGACUGUCGCUCGUCGAAUAAAAAGA